AGUAACGAACACUAUCCAUUGGGUUUGGAUAUAUAGUCUGUCCAAGUCACAUUGUUUCCUUACUUCACAAUUUCACCUCCUGAACACAAGCACGAUGUUGAAGAUUAUAGUUUUGUUACUUUGUGUUGCGGGGAUUCAGGGAGCUACGUAUGCGAGACGCUUCAUCCCAGGUCAGUCCCGGACCUUCCCCGAUGGGACAGUUUGUGAGGGCAACCGGAAUUUAAAUGACCAGUGGCAGACCCCCGGCAAGUGUAACAAGUGUACCUGUCUUCAGUCGGGGAAGGUCACGUGUGAAAGUUGCGGCGUCUCAGUGAGAAUACAAGAUACCACCCAGAAGAUCUUCUGUUACCGCUCGGCAACCACGUACCCUGCCUGCUGUGACGACGUCAUCUGCCAGGGGGACACAAGGUUCAGCUUCAUGGACUUCCUGAGAUCCGCAUCACUGUAACUGGGGACUUCGUGAAGAGGUCUUGCAGUGAGGAUGCGAUGUCGGUACCGAUGUGUGUUGCAUGCAUCCUCGGAACAUGUCAUAAUAGUUCCCACCUUUUGCUAGAAUAAACGCAUACAUGUA